AUGCAAACCAACAAGUGGGUACGGGCAGUCAGGGCUGCUGUAACGUGCAGACCAGGCUCUGCACGUGUCCAGGGUGGGGGAAGGAGGCACUCACUGGGGUGCAGUGUGGCCUCUAGAAGGAUGAAGGUGGGAUUUACCAGAGUUGGGGUGGGGGGUGUGGGGGUUGGAUAUCAUGCUGUGUGUGGUUAUGAGGGUGGGCUCUGCCUGGCCCCAGUCCCAGUUCCUCUGUACACCAUCUGUGUGACUUCUUUUCCUUUCUUAACCUCUCAACCUCAUCUCCAAAUAAUGCUAUCUGCUCACAGGUUUGUUAGAGAAUUAAACAUUGUGUGUCCCUUAAGGGAAGUUGAACAAUUGUUGGAUGGCGUGCUAACAGAUGACGUGGAGCGGAUGUGUCCGGAGCAUGGGGAAAGGAAGUGCACCUGCCUUGAGAGGCUGGAAAUGGAGCUGGGAGGAUCUGGGCCUUAUUCACAAGAUUCUGUUUCCUGGGCUCAAGCCUUGGGACGUGGGCCUGUUGUCAGUGGAGGAAGGGCCUUAAGUCAUCUUUGGCUCAGGUCAGGGAUGAGGCCAGGUUUGUGGCUUGCACUGAGGGCUUGUGCCUGCAGGACCCAAUGA